UUAUAUAAGCUGUCUUUUUUUAACGACCUUUCCUCGUUUCAAUAACAACCUGAGCUCCCUUUCAUCACUUCUCAAGUAUCCUAUUCCUAGAGACACCAUGAAGUUACAUAGGAGUUUAUGUCUUGUAGCUUUAAUGUUUCUUGUAAUAAUCACAUCUUCCAUAACCUCAGUCGAAGGAAGAAAGCACCAUCAUCAUAAGCAUAAAAAAGACAAGAAGAAGAACAACAGCGACAAUUGUACUGUUCCAGGCUCAAGCCCUGCAUCACCGCCUACUAUUCCUGGUCAUGCCUCUUAUCCAACAGGUUCCAAAACAUUUGACGUUCUGUCCUUUGGAGCAAAGGGUAAUGGAGUUUCUGAUGAUUCAAAGGCGUUUCUAACGGCAUGGAAAGCUGCCUGUAAGAUCUCUGGUGCUACUGUGGAAAUUCCAUCGGGAUUCAAGUUCUUAAUCAAGCCCAUAACUCUCCAAGGUCCAUGCAUGCCUAACCUUGUUUUGCAGAUCAAUGGAGCUCUUUUAGCCCCUCCAAAAGUGGGUUCAUGGCCGAAAUCCAGCUUGUUUCAAUGGAUAAACUUCAAAUGGAUCCAUAAUUUUACCAUUCAAGGUUCUGGUGUGGUCGAUGGUCAAGGCUCUCAAUGGUGGACUCCAUCUAAUCAAAUUUAUCUUAUUCAGAAGUACUUGAAACAUGUUCCGAACUGGAAACCAACUGCUUUAAGAUUCUACUCGAGCUUCAAUGUGACAGUUCGCGACAUCAAAAUCAUAAACAGCCCUCAAUGCCACCUUAAAUUUGACAGCUCCGGUGGAAUCCAAGUCGAUAACAUUACGAUUUCUUCGCCAGAGACUAGCCCUAAUACCGAUGGAAUUCAUCUGCAAAACACCCGAGAUGUCGAAAUCCAACAUUCCAAUAUCGGAUGUGGAGAUGACUGUGUAUCCAUUCAAACAGGUUGCUCCAACGUUCAUAUACACCAUAUUAAUUGCGGCCCUGGUCACGGUAUUAGUUUGGGAGGGCUGGGGAAAGACAAGAGUGUUGCAUGUGUAUCCAAUAUAGUUGUUGAGAAAGUCUCAGUCUUCAAUACACUAGCUGGAGUUAGAAUCAAGACCUGGCAGGGAGGUAUGGGGUCUGUGAAGAACGUCUCAUUUUCCAAUAUUCAAGUCUCUGACGUAAAAGUUCCUAUAAUAAUCGACCAAUACUACUGCGACAAGGACAUAUGCAAGAACCAAACGAUGGCGGUGGCAAUUUCAGGUGUUAAAUACGACCAAAUCGUCGGGACUUACACGUCGCGACCGGUUCACCUUGCGUGUAGCAAUGGAAUACCAUGCACCGAUGUUGAUCUAACCGAUAUUCAAUUGAAACCGUCUUUUAAAUAUCGAGGUUUGGAUGAGGCAAUGUGUUGGAACUCUUACGGGAAAUCGCAGGGACCUUUGUAUCCUUCGAGCAUCGACUCUUGCGUGAGAAGGGAUGGUGGUUCCGUUAAGAGAAUAGCUCGAUCUCGGGAGCAUGUUUGUUUUUGAUACUUUGAAAUAGGGAUUUGGUUCGAAUGUAUGUGUGUUUUGCUGACUCUGUAUGUUGCUUGGAAGCUUCCCUUCUGCUAAAUUUUUGAGUGUGAGAAGGUGAGGCUUUUUGUAGAAGUUUACUUUGCUUUCCAAUGUAAUGUAAUCUAUCUGUUUUGUUUGUAAAGUGAACAAAUUUCUUCAA